UCUUGUGUUUUUAGUUAAUAAAGUCAUUGCCACUUAUACAUUGGUAAGCCAAGUUGCAAAAUAUGAAAAACGGAUUUCAUCUUGGAGUGCUCUUGCUUGUGAUUUUCAAGCUGAGAGGAACAUUUGAGCAAAGAAUUAUUGGAGGGCAAGAAGUUGAUCCUUACUCCAUCAAAUACCAAGCAUCGAUUCAGUACAACCAUCGCCAUUACUGUGGAGGUACACUUAUCCAGGCUCAGUGGGUUGUUUCAGCUGCCCAUUGCUGGAGACCGAGUUCUCUGAUCAAAGUGGUUUUAAGUGAACAUAGUUUCUCCAAAGAAGAAGGAUUUGAGCAAGAGUUAAAUGUCUCCAAAAUAUUUGUUCAUUUCAACUACAACUACAAGACUUUCAACAAUGACAUUAUGCUGAUAAAAGUAAGAAAAUCAAUUGAACUUGUUUAA